CCGGCCAAUCGUCGUACCUCCCGGACGUGGCCACGCAGAAAGGCUCCAAAAUCCGCGACGCCAACAUGCUUGUUUCGCUAUUCGACCCGCAUGGUGGGAAAGUCACCUAGCCAGCCCGUAACCGUGUUCCUCGACCCCUCAAAUGCAUGUAUGUGCUAAAGCCAUCAUAUCCAGCCAGACAAGGCGCCUUGGCAGCUAUCGUCGUUCAGCUUCGUGUCGACAGGCGUAUAACCGCACGGCUGAUGGGACAAAUGAGAUGGAUACGAGGGGGAGACAACUUUGCGUAUCCAUGGUAAAUCCUUCAAGCUUUUCUAGGAACGAGCUCAUGCUCUUACUUGUGGCAUUGGACACCCUUUCCUAUGCACUUAGGACACAAGUCGAAAGCGCCCUGUGUUACAAAAAGAGCAAUUAUAGCGAACGCUGCGUACGUACUUGGCGCACUCGUCGCAGUAAACGUGCCGUAAAGGAGGCUCGAAGUCUGGAAUUGAGCUGCGCAGUAAUAGCUCCAUGUGGUGUUGCGCCUCAAUGUCAGCCGGAAAGUACAUCAGCAAUUCUCUUGCUGAAGAUCUCUUGUGUGGCUCGUCUCGUCUGCACGGAUCGAUCAUUGUGUUGAAGUAGUCUUGCACUGCUGGAUCCGUGCUUCUUGGCAGGCUUACCGGAUGUCCAUGAAGAGCGCAAGCGAGCUG